UGUUAUACUUCCGCUCCCAGAGAAUGUGAAAGAAUAUUUGCUGGAUGAUGGGACGCUUGUAGUUUCUGGAAGAGAAGAUCCACCAAGUCAUGCUCAGGAAGGGAGUGACGAUGCAGAGGAAAUACAGUGGUCGGAUGAUGAGAAUACUACAACACUUAAGGCACCAGAAUUUCCUGAGUUCACAGCUAAAGUUCAAGAAGCAAUAAGUUCCUUGGGUGGUAGUGUUUUUCCUAAACUUAACUGGAGUGCUCCAAGGGAUGCCUACUGGAUAGCAAUGAACAGCUCUCUGAAAUGUAAAGCUCUCAGUGACAUCUUCCUCCUCUUCAAGAGUUCAGACUUCAUUACUCGUGACCUCACUCAGCCAUUUAUUCACUGUACUGAUGAUUCCCCUGAUCCUUCCUUGGACUAUGAGCUUGUUCUUCGCAAAUGGUGUGAACUAAUCCCUGGUGCAGAAUUCAGAUGCUUUGUCAAGGAAAACAAGCUUAUAGGUAUAUCGCAGAGGGACUACACUCAAUACUACGAUCAUAUCUCUAAGCAACAUGAGGAGAUCUGUAGAUCAAUACAGGAGUUUUUCAAGAAACACAUACAGUAUAAAUUCUUGGAUGAAGACUUUGUUUUUGAUGUGUACAGAGACAGCAGGGGUAAGAUUUGGUUAAUAGAUUUUAACCCAUUUGGUGAAGUAACAGACUCCCUGCUGUUUACGUGGGAAGAACUGACCUCUGGGAAAAACCUGAAAGGAGACCAGGGUGAAGGGGAAGCAACAGAACAGGACUACCCAGUUUUCCGUUGUACGAACAGUAAAGUUACUGUCCAGCCUAGUCCAUACCUGAGUUACCGACUGCCGAAAGAUUUUGUGGACCUUUCUACAGGAGAGGAUGUUCACAAAUUAAUUGACUUUCUUAAACUGAAAAGAAAUCAGCAAGAUGAUGACUGA